UAAAUCAUCUCUUUAAGAUGAAAUCCUGGUGGGUUUUAUGAACGACAACCCGGACUUGGCAAAAGGAUUUGUGAAGGGCGACCUAGUUGUUGUCGAUGCCAAGUGGGCAGAGCUUUGCGGCGCUCUCAAUGCUGUUGGGCCGCCAAUCAAGGACGCAUUGGGUUGGAAAAAGGUUUGGGCAGAUUGGAAAACAAACAUCCGCAAGAAGAUGGCGAAAAACAAAUCAGAAACUCGAGCUACAGGUGGAGGGCCCUUCGCUCAGCAAUCGCUUGGGGAAUUGGAGGAGGAAGUGGCCAAGCUAUGUGGCCUCUACGAAAUGGUGGAAGGAGUAGGUGGGCCAGCGUAUGGACUUCCCCCCGUACGACCAAGGAGGCCGACACUGGGGUUAUGUGCGUGAUGGAAGACCCCAUUGAGGAGGAACCCUCAGAGAAGGACGAACCCUCAGAGAAGGAGGAGCCCAUGCCGAAGCGCCGUCGAACUAGACCAGCGCAGACCAUGGACCACAACGAUCUGUGCGCUGCUCAGCUGGUUGAAAUGUCGGCAAUUUCCAAGAAAAUUUCGGAACAUUUCGAACGAAUGUAAUCGUUAGAGAAGGAGAAGCUCGAGGUCCAAAAGGCGCUUGUAGACAAAUUUAGCCAAAUUUUGGACAAAUUUGCGAAAUAAUUAGUUUCCUAUUAGUUUUUUUGUGAAACUUAGCUUUAUUAGUUAUAAAGAAUAUCGAAUGACAUAAAGAAGAAAACAUGAAAAA